AGAGCAGCUGCAGGAACUGAUAAAUCAAUAGCAGAAUGAAAAUCUGUGCGCCUGUGAGGAAUAUCUGCGCAUUUAUUAUCUGUGACAGUCAAACACAUGCAGAUCAGAUGAAGAGCAGCGGUGCUUGAACGCGCUGCGUGACGGUGUCCCGGCUGGCAGGCAGGCUGCAGCCCGGAUGGAGGCAGCGCAGCCCGCACGGCUCGCCGUCGCACCGGUCGGCGGUGGUUAAGAUGGAAUAUUUUUACAGAGCGAGCAGCCAAAUUCAUUUGCACCGGCGGAAAAAGGGAGCUCUGUAGCGGCGCAAAUUAGAAAGCCAGUCCGUUCGCCGUCCUUAAUGGCUUCUGGCUCCGAAGAUGAGGAGGGGGACACGGAAGGCGCUUCGUGGAGGCUCAUAGGCCCGGUCACGGAGCUUUCCAAGCAGCGCUGCCGUAUGAUGUACUCCUCCCUCGGCCGCGGCUCCGAUGUCUGCCUCUUCCAUGUGAAGGGGGAGUUUUUUGCCAUGGAUGCUCGCUGUGCGCAUUCCGGCGGUCCUCUGUGUGAGGGGGACAUCGAGGAUGCUGAUGGGGUCCUGCAGGUCUUCUGCCCCUGGCACGACUAUGACUUUGACCUCAGAACUGGAAAGUCAGGGACCUCCUUACAGCAAAAGGUGUAUGAAGUCAAGGUGGAGGACGGCAACGUGUACGUGAAACACGCCAGUCGUCUCUCCCUGCAGCCCUUUCCUGCAGAUCAGAAGAGAUGAACAACCUCGGACUUCAGGCCUUCGUGAGUCCACUCGGGCUAUUUUUAAAGACUUGUUCCACAAACCCAAGCCAUCCGAAACAUUCCCGAGCCUUAUCUGUCUUUUUCACAGACCGCUUCUACUUUGAUUGCCGCGCACUCACCGUGAUAUCUGAUUGUCUGAAGAGGACAUGACUUCAUUAAAUAGUUUCAGGGUUUUUCUUGCUGGCAUUCCAGGUAGAGACUCAUCACAGACGCUAAACAUGGAGAGCUCACUCCCGACCCUGAUAACAGUCCAGACAGGAGCAAAUAUGCAACAUAAAAACACAAAUUUCACUUUUCUCAGCAGACGUUACAGAACUCACCAGCAAAUUUGACUACUGGCAGCAUAAGAGUGAUUUACCGAUUUAAUUUGGACAUUUUUUUUAGGGAUUCCUGAAGAAGAUGAUAUAUUUUCUGAUGAAAAUAUGUGAAAUUUGAAGUUGUUUCCUCACAUUUGAGCCAUCAGAUUUACUCCGUCCAAUUACGUCUUCUGUUGAAACCCACUAACUGCCAAAGUGGAUUUGAAAAUGUUUCAUAGCUUCUCACCUCAGUUCUCAAACACUCUACCUGCCUGUCAAUUGACAGUCCUGUUGCGCUUGUGAGUAAAUCAUACUGUAUCUGUUUUGGCAUACAGAAAAUGUCCCCAAAUGUUAAAUACAAAGUGAUAACUUGCAGAAAUCGAAGCAUUAUUGCAAUGAGGAGAUGAAUUCACAUGCAGCCAGAAGGUAGCAGAAGUCAUGACAACAUAUGCAAAGUACUUUCCUAAUUUGGUGAUUUGCAAACGCCUUUAAAAUCAAACAUGCCCAGAAUGAAUCAUACAAAUUAAACGAUUAUCAUGUUGAUUUUUUUGACAAAAGAUGUAGAUUCUGAUCACCAGUUGUUCUGUGUUUUGAGGUCCAAACUGACAGCCUGGAAUACAGGUCACCUUUUAUGAGUAUAAAGCUUCCACUCAUUUUCAGUGAAAGAAUUUGUAAUCAUGUAAUUGUGGAAAUAUAACGACAGUUUCUUUCAGCAGCUAAUGCAGAAGUAAACUCAACAGUGUUCAUUACUACCAAUAAUCCUCAUCCAUGUCUUGAACAGGCAUUACCUGAGGCCAUGCUGAGUUGUGGCUUUUGGGUAAAUUUAGACACUUAUUCCAGUGAUGUCACGCAACAGAAACUCCCUCUCAGAAUUUGUGUUUCUGAACAGGUUUUUAACCCAAAUAUAGUUCCAGCAAGGAGAACACACAUGAAGGGCACAGCAAUUAGGAUUGGUAGCAGCUGCUGAGAUGUCUCCAUCAGCAUUUCUCUCCACUCCUGGCCUGUGCACAGACAGGUUUGUCCGUUACUGACGCAAUGGGACUCAAAAGAAACGGUUAGUAAGGCGCCAGAGGGAGGUUCACGACCUGAAAUGCACCAUUGACUCAAGAAAAAUGUGUUUCUCUAGCUUAUUGUGUGUGUGUGUGUGUGUGUGUGUUUGUGUGUGUUUGUGUGUGUGUGUGUGUGUGUGUGUGUGUGUGUGUAUAUGUGUGUGUGUGUGUGUGCGCGCGCAUGCACACGCUGAUGCAAGUGUGUUUUCUUUAUUCCUUAGUGGUGAGCAGUCACUCACUAUAUUUUCUGUCAGCUCCAUUUUCUGGCAGGGGCACAGCGAGCAGUCAUGGAGGUGUCAGUGACAGUGUGGCUCAACACUCUCAUUUUCCUCCCUGCUGUCUUCCCUGUUGUGCAGCUUUAUUGCAAUAGUAAUUUUCACUGGCUAAAAAUGUCUGUAACUCAUCACCUGGAGGGUAACGGGCGCACGCCACAUCGGUAGGAAAGUCAGAGUAAACUGUGUUCAGGAUUCUGCACUGGUCAGGAGUUUUUAUCGCUUCCUUUCAGCCUGGUGCUACAUGGUUCCUUAGAUUUAUUUCAUAUGUUCAGCUAAUUUAAAUGCAUUUUGCUAUAUGUUUGUUAUAUGAAAUAUCUAUCUGGUCUUUACUGUUCAUUAAAAGAAGUAAAACUCCUGCAAUUUCAACUACCUACUAGUUGUGAGCUCUAAGUGUUUUGUUUGUUGUCAACUGAAUUUAUUGUUGUUACUUAAAGCUAAGUCUGAUGCAAAGCUGAAAAGUUCAUCUUUGUUGUUUAAUUCACAAAUUAAAUCAU